GUAUCAGAGAUAAAGAUGAGACUAGCAGUAUCAAAGAUAUAGAUGAGACUAUGUCAGGUGCUUGUAUCUAACUAUACGCAAAAAAAAAAAUGCACGACAUUAGUAGUGACAGCGAGAACGACAGUGAAGGAGAGUGUUCUAAAGAAAUACAGAGAAAGUACAUCGACAGCAAUGAUAAGCUGAAGGAUUUUGGAUGGGCUGAUUUGCCCCUACGACCGUAUCAGCUGAGUGGGGUGAACUGGCUUAUUGAGUGUUAUCAGAAAGGUCAUGGCGCUAUUCUUGGAGAUGAAAUGGGUCUGGGGAAAACUUGCCAGACCAUAGCGUUCCUGGCAUACAUAGAUUCCAGAGCCAAGAAGUGGCGACCAAACCUGAUCAUCUGUCCACGAUCUAUCUUGGAGAAUUGGGCAGCAGAGCUCAAAAGGUUUGCCCCUGAUAUGAAAGUCAAGUGUUAUGUAGGGAACAAAGAUGAGCGGAAUGCUAUGGCUGGUGAGCUACGCGCUGAAGUGAAAGCUGGCAAACAGCCUUUUAAUGUCCUUAUCACCACAUAUGAGCUGUGUAUAAAAGACUCUGGGUUCAAUUAUUUUCUUUCCUCAUUUGACUGGAAAGUAGUCGUGGUAGAUGAAGCUCACCGUCUCAAAAACAGUGAAUCAUUGUUGUACACAACUCUCACACAGUGGAGUAUGAAACACUGUGUGCUAUUGACUGGAACACCAGUACAGAACAAUUUGGAAGAGCUCUAUUCCCUCCUUGGUUUCAUAUUUCCCUCAAAAUUCAGACUGUCGGGACUGGAGAAAUUUCUCAGAAACUUCAAGGAUAUUGAUCAUUCUAAAGGUGUAUCCGAGCUUCACACCCUCCUUCAGCCCUAUUUGCUGAGAAGAACUAAGGAAGGAGUAUUGAAAGACCUACCCAAGAAAUCAGAAGUUGUCCUCUACCACGGUAUCUCAAAGCUACAGAAGAAACUGUAUAAGGCUAUUCUUACCAAAGAUCUAGCGGUCUUUGAGACAAAGAAUAACUUCUCUGGUGGAGGAGGAAGUCCACGCCUUAUGAACAUCCUCAUGCAGCUCCGCAAGUGUGUCAACCAUCCCUAUCUCUUUGAUGGGGUGGAGCCUGAGCCAUUUGCAUUAGGAGAACAUCUGGUUGAGGCUAGUGGGAAACUAGUGUUGAUUGACAAGCUUCUAUGUCACCUGAAACAGUGUGGACAUAAAGUGCUCUUGUUUUCACAGAUGACACAUAUGCUGGACAUCCUACAGGACUACCUCGGCUACAGAGACUACAGUUAUGAGCGUCUUGAUGGUUCAGUAAGGGGAGAGGAAAGAUUUCUAGCUGUACAAAACUUCAACAAAAAUGAGGAAACUUUUGCAUUCUUACUCAGCACGAAAGCAGGUGGACAGGGGUUAAACCUUGUGGCAGCUGAUACCGUAAUAUUUGUGGACAGUGACUUUAACCCCCAGAACGACCUUCAGGCUGCUGCUAGGGCACAUCGUAUUGGACAAGUUAGACCAGUGAAGGUGAUGAGACUGAUUGGCAGUAAUACUGUGGAGGAGAUCAUUUUACGUCGAGCUGAGGACAAACUCCGCCUAACUGAGAAAGUCAUCGAGGAGGGUCAGUUUACUCUGGGAGCUAAAUCUCUCAUCACAAGUGAUCAAGUCGGGCUUCAGGAUAUUCUCAAGUUUGGUGUGGAUAGUCUGUUGAAUGAAGAUGAGACUGAUGAACUAGAUGUUGACUUUACAAAGAUUCUUGGACCUUCAAUUAAUGGAGAAUGGCAGCCAGAUGAGGAACCAGAAACCAAACCCAACAAGUCCAUGGAGAUUGAGGAGGGUCCUUCAAGUAUGUAUGAGUUUGAGGGUACAGAUUACUCAAAAGAACCCACUGCAGAAGACAUUAAGGCCUUCGAAAAACUUUUAGCAGUUGAGAAAGAAGUGAUGGAGGAGGACAUCACAGCAGAGCGAUCCCGACGCGGGAAAAACUCCAAUUUAAUGGAACUAUUCCCCGACGUGAAACGGAAACCAAGGAAACCGUUGACAGCAGAGGAACUGGAGGAAAGGAAAGUUAAGCUAAAAGAGGCGGCAGAGAAGAGAGCAAAGCUUGCUGAAGAAAGGAAAAUGAAGAGAGAGGAACAGAGGAGACAGAAGAAGGAAGCCAUGUGGAAGGAAGCAGGAUAUGUCUCUUCUUGUGUGCAGAUUGAGAGCGAUGAGGAUGAGGAGAACGAAGAAGAAGAGGAGAUGUUUGAUAUCACUCAGAAGGAAGAUGGAGAAGUCACUAAGAGUACAUCCAUCAACUAUGUUAGUGGGGAUGUAACCCGUCCAAUUUCUGCUGGGACACAGGUCAAUGUGGUUGUACACUGUGCAGAUGACUCUGGGAGCUGGGGUCGAGGUGGUAUUUUCUCUGCGAUUGGACGCCGCUCCUCAGCACCACAAGAGCAGUAUGAGUUAGCAGGAGACAUGGGAGAUUUGGCUCUUGGGGACUGUCAUCUGAUUGCCCUUGAUGACAAUCACACCCGAGAUGGAGAAGAAGACUGGUUGGCCCUGGUGAUAGGUCAACACAGAGAUAAAUGGAACAAUCUGUCUGGUAUAAAGUUAUCUGCACUUCAGCAAGGCCUUAAAGCUGUUCACUAUCUGGCCAAGGCAAGGAAAGCCAGCAUUCACCUGCCUAGGAUUGGACAUGACACCCCUGGGUAUAACUGGUAUGGUACAGAACGACUCAUUAAGAAACACUUAGCAGCGGAAGGCAUUCCAACUUACAUUUAUUAUUUUCCACGUAAACAUCAACUUUUGAAGAGGAAAUCCUCCGAUGAUGGUGACCUGCCUGCUAAAAAGAAGAAAAUAUCCAGUGUCAGGUCUAAGGAAGACGGGAACAGACCUCAUAAUCUCCCCAAUAUCUUCCAUGGCAUCACAGCCUUUCUGCAUCCAUCCAACAUAGCAGCUGACCAGAUGAAGAAAUACCGACGAUAUUUAGUGGCUUAUGAUGCUGAUGUUGAAUCUACUGUAGGAGACAAAACCACUCACGUGAUAGUUCACUCCAGCUGCUCAACAGAGGAUGUGAAAUCUCUUGGGAUCUCUAAUGAUGCUGUAGUUGUAUCAGAAAAAUGGUUGGAUGAAAGUUUGAGGAAAGGGCGCUGCCUUCCAUCGAAAAACUUUUUGAUCGACAAAUAGACUGUCAGUGCAAGCAUCUGUAAACUGACAUGGUUAGCAGUACAUACCAUGCAGUCAUGUAAACCUGUGAUAUCCAAUUGUUGGUUGGUUAGUGAGUGAUAUCCAAAUAUAGUAAAACCUCAUUACAGCUUAGUUAAUGGGAAUGUGGUCCAACAUUCCCUGCCUGUAGUGAUCGAGGUUUUGUAGGAAGCUGACUGACAGAUUGGUGUGUGCUGACAUGUCCUUGGGAAAUGUACUUUAAUCUGAUUUCUCUUGAUGGCAUAUAACAGGCCUCCUGUAUUCUGUUCAGUGAGGUAGUUACCAGGCUUUUGAUGAGACAAACCUAGCAAAGAAAUACAUAGUCAACAGACAUUCAUUUUCAUUGCAUGAAUUAAUAAAUUCACCAUACAAGAGAAAGUCCAUGAUAAAAAGACCUUAUAAUCAUCUUACACCAGUCUGUAUUGAUGAGUUCAUAGUUAACUUGUACACUUAUAUAAGUUAACUCUUGUUUGUUAAUCUGUAGUUUUCAUUUAUCUAUGCUGUUUUAUUUCUACUGUUAUGUGUUCCAGGUAUUAUUGGAUAUGUUAUGGAAUGAUUUUUUUGCUAUUUGUAAUAACAUCAUGGUAGAUUUUUAUAGAACUUUCAUAAGAUUAUUUUUGUGUUUCAUCUUCAGCCUGUAUUAAACCAAGUGUUGAGAGAAACAACUCUAUCCAUUAGGUUCUUUGUUAACAAUUUCCCCAUAUUGCACUAUGAGUGACAUAGAUUUGCACCUACUUGUAUAUUUGUAGUUAACUUUUAUUGUAUUUAUAACCUCAUAAUGACUGGUGAUUAUCCUUUUGAACACACUUCCAAAAUAUUCUAAUUUUUCAAGGUUAUGCAAGAGUCUAUUUAAGAAUAUUAAAUCAACUGCAACAUAAACAGAGUGGAUAAAGGAAGCAGGGUUGCUGAUAUAGAGAAAAAGGAAGUUCAUAACAGAGGAAGUUUACAGCAUGCAGUUUAUGAGUAAGGUACCACUAUUAAGAGCCGUUGCAUUAGUGGUUGGAACAGUCAAACCGGCUGAACCUGCAAGAGAAAUGCCAGGUACAGAUCUAGACUGAGGCUUAACUAUGAAAUAUUUGGCAAGUGCAGUUUGAGAGGAACAGACAUGCCUGUCCAAAACCGAGUAUAUGAAAACCAAUAGUUUCCAGAAUUCCUGUUUAAACCAGGGUCAGUAUAUGCACGUAUUUCUGGCAAUGUUAUGCUAUUAGGUGAGGGUUCAAAUGGAUGAUAUUUUCAUUUUGGUUUGUUGUGUUUUGUCUGAAAACCAAGAUAGAAUCGGUAAGUUACAAUAGGUAUGCCAAGAAUCUGUUAGAAGACUUCACACCAACGGCAGAGAAUAAAUUCUUAAAUCAGUUUAUCCUCAUUAUCCUUGCGUAAUCAUGUUCUUCAACAAAAACUUCAUGUUUUUUUUUAUCAAAAGUUGUAUUUUUUAAAAAUUGGUAUAUAGAAUCUCCUCUCAACUAUCUUGAAGUAUGUUACUGAAACAUGUCUAAUCAGGAUUCAGUUUUGAAUGGUCAGUUAAACAUGUUUUUACAAUUAUCAGUUUCACAUGAUACAGAUAAGUGUCACCAGUGUUAUGUGGAGGAGUAAUGAAUUUAAACAGGCAGCUUGUUCUUGUGAUAGAUUUAUCAUCAAGGUAAUGACGUACAUGUUUUCCGUUUUAGUAAAACCCUUUCUAGUUUUUCAAGAUUAUAUAAUAACAUUGACUGUGAUAUCCAAUUCUCUACUUUUGAAUAAAUUCUUUUAAGGAA